UUUUUUUUUUAUUUACAUUUUUCUGGCGUUUUUUUCCCGCCGCCGCACGCGGGCAGCAGAGCUCUUUUUGACCCCGGAAGCGGAAAUCGGUCCUUUUCUGUUUCUGCUUGGUAAAGAGACACUCAGAGACAUGGCUCCACGUAAAGGGAAGGAGAAGAAGGAGGAGCAGGUGAUCAGCCUGGGCCCUCAGGUCGCAGAAGGAGAGAACGUGUUCGGAGUCUGCCACAUCUUCGCCUCUUUCAACGACACCUUCGUCCACGUCACCGACCUGUCCGGAAAGGAGACGAUCUGCCGUGUGACCGGUGGGAUGAAGGUGAAGGCCGACAGAGACGAGUCUUCUCCAUACGCCGCCAUGUUGGCCGCUCAGGACGUGGCCCAGCGCUGCAAAGAGCUCGGCAUCACCGCCCUGCACAUCAAGCUGAGGGCCACCGGGGGCAACAGGACAAAGACCCCCGGCCCUGGAGCCCAGUCUGCCCUCAGAGCUCUGGCCCGAUCAGGCAUGAAGAUCGGACGCAUCGAGGACGUGACCCCGAUCCCGUCAGACUCGACCCGGAGGAAGGGAGGACGCAGAGGAAGACGUCUGUAGACAUGUGGACAUAUUCACCAAAUAAAACUUUUGACAAUAAAA